CGACUUGUCCAGGGUGUACCCCGCCUUUUGCCCGUAGUCAGCUGGGAUAGGCUCCAGCUUGCCUGCGACCCUGUAGAAGGAUAAAGCGGCUAGAGAUAAUGAGAUGAGAUGAGAUUAUCCGAACAACUGUCUGUAGGUUAUAAAAUUCAAGCCGAGCAUCACAAUAGCAGGUCGCAUUUACUUUCGGUUUCGGCAGCAUGGACGCCCUUCUACUGAAGGAAGGCACCGAUGUGUCUGAAAUCGAUAAAGGAGUGAAAAAUAAGUGGAGGUGGGCCUGGUUGAAUGAAACUGGGGAUAAUGGCAAGCCAUUCAGUUCAUGGUGCAGAAAAUUAAAGAUCCCUGGCGUUUGUUUUUGUGUGGUUUGCCACAAGAAGAUUAUAUACGGGAGCAAUGGCAAGAAGGUGCUUUCACGCCAUCAGCUAGAAGCUAGCCACAAGACGUCUGUAAGAAGUCUGAAACACACAUCUGCUUUGCCUGGUGCAACUAUUAACAGCAGUGAGGUCAACCCAUCCAUGGCUGAUCGUGUCUGCACCCAGAAAUACGCAUCUGUUCCUUUAUAGCACAACAUGAUCUGCCAUUGACCAUAUCCCAGCCUCUGGUCAACCUGAUGCGAGCAGUUUCGGAAGACAGGAGCGUGCUAUCCAGGCUGUCCUUGUCAAAUGCACACGCCUCUUACUUGAGCACUCAUGGCAUUGCACCGCAUUUCAAAAAUGUGUUCUCAAUGAAGCUGCAAACAAAAAUGUUUUCCCUGAACGCAGAUGAGGCAACUAAUGCUAACAUGGAUAAAAUGUUAAAUGUGCUUGUUCGCUUUUUUGACGAGGAAAUGAGGAAGGUGGUCACACAGCACUUUGGGUCUAGGAUAGUAAACAUCGCAGAUGCUUCCAGCCUCACCAAUGCACUGCACGAUAUCCUCCGGUCAUAUAACUUGACCUGGGAUCAAGUCACAUCGGUUUUGCUGGACAACUGCAGCGUCAUGCGAGGCAAGCGGUCUGGAGUGGAGACCCAAAUUAGGCAGCUCAAUCCAUCUCUACUUGAUAUCAGUGGAGACACAGUUCACAUGGUGUCAAAUGCUGCCAAGGCCCUUUUGGGGUCUUUUCAGAAUUAUGUGGAGGAAUUUUGCAUGGAUGUCUAUGACAUUGAAAAGUUCCCUAAGCAGAAGGAACUGUUUGGAGAGUUGCAAUCCCUUCUACAUAUGAAGAAAAAGAGCCUGAUCCGCCCCAUCAGCAGAAGGUUUCUGCAAAUGCUAGAUGUGUGCAACAGGGUAAGGGAGCUUGUGGAUCCACUGAUUGCACACUACUACAGCUUCCUUUCACCCAAUGAUCAGCACAAAUACAGAUGGCUACUCAACCAGGUGCAGCAAAAACAUGGAGUGACGUCAGAUGAAAAGGCUAGGAUGGUUGUACUACAGCAACAGCUUGUGAAAGGCCAAACUGAUGCAAAUAAUGACCGCAAGAAAAGGAUCUGUGUGCUUUUCAUCGAGUUCAACAAGCUCACAACCACAAUUGACAUGUACAGAAGAGGUAUGGUGGUAUCCUUCCUUCUUUUCAGGUCUUCCUGAAGAAGCUACAGCAUGAAAAGCCCAUGCUUCACAUUCUGCACUUGGAAAUGGUGCUGCUGGUGAGGGAUGUUCUCUCAAAAUUCAUGAAGCCUGAUACCAUCCCCUUGGAUGUGGAUAGCUUGUUGAACCUGGAUUUACACAACAGAGACCUGCAAUAGCCAGACAAGCUCUUGUGUGUUGGCAAAUUCAGCCAUUUUGCAGUCAACAAGGCGAGGCUGGACAAGAAACCAUGGGUGCAGGAGCUCUACAAGGCACUAAGAGAAGGCUACACCAAGGCAGCUGUGUUCUUGAUGAAAAACCUGCCGUUGAAGAACAGUCAUUUCCUCUUUAUCUGCGCACUGUCCUUCAUUGGUCCAAGAUCAACAUGUUCUCAGUGUGUUUAGCAUUUUGGCCAAGGCCUUGCCAAAUGUCAUAACCACUGAUGAGCUGGGCCAGCUGGAUGAAGAGGUAAGGGCUUACCAGACAGACCCUGACCUGGCACACGAGGCCAAAGGUUUUGAUGAUGGUGCUGCACGUAUUGAUGCUGACUGGUGGAGUCUUAUCUUCUUACUGAAGACACCAGAAGGCUCCACUAAAUUUCCAGUCUUGGGCAAAUUGUUGAAGGCACUGCUUUCUGUGUUUACUGGCCCCGUUGUGGAGGGAUCUUUCAAUGACAUGGAUGACAUCAUUGAAAAGGACAGGGUGCAGCUAAACACAGAAACAUAUGAAGGCUUUGCCAUCAUUAAAGGUCACCUGAAGGCAGUUGAGCAAACACCUUCCACAAUGAAAAUCAGUGCUGAUUUGCGGAGGUCUUGUCUGUCAUCGUUUGAACACUAUAAAGUUCAUCUUGAGGACAAGAAAAAAAAAACAAAUGAUGACAAAGAACAAAAAAUCAAGGACGCUGUGAAGGUCCUUUCAGCAGUUAGGGUAAAGGUGAAAUAAGCUACCACAUCUCAUCCAUCCAUCUCUGCUUCCAGACAAUCCACAACCUCCUCUAAAAGCACUCCUGAAAAAACUCUCUCGACCUCUACCUCCUCAUCUACCACGUCCUCUACAGGAAAAUCCUCCUACAAAAGUUCUGCAGCAGGGACUCCCUCCACUUCCACCUCCUUAUCUGCAGGAAAAUCCUCCUCCAAAAGCACACAUGCAACAACUCCCUCCACAGGAAAAUCCUCCUCCAAAAGCACAACUCCCUCCACCUCUGCCUCCUCCACAGGAAAAUCCUCCUCCAAAAGCACAACUCCCUCCACCUCUACCUCCUCUACAGGAAAUUCCUCCUCCACCUCCUCUACAGGAAAGUCCAAGUCCAAAAGCACUCAGAAACGUGCAGCAGGUGUCCUGAAGUUAGAUGACUUUGGAUUCACCACUGAAAGGCCAAAGAAGUUGACUUUUAAAAUUGUUAAAAGUCUAUUAUGUUGUUAUUGUUAUGUUACACUGUUCUCAUCUCAUUAUCUCUAGCCGCUUUAU